UACAUCACACCGGUGGGAAAUUAAGCAAACUAUGCAGAAAUUAAACAGGAAGCUGCAGUCAGCAGGAAGAGUCACAAGUGCCUCCAAUCUGAAGCGUGUUUUAAAUGCAGUCAUAUUUGAAAUUCGGUUAACAGGACCACAGCCAUUUUUACUGUUUGCUAAUUCUCAAGACAUCCGACACAUGCACUUUGAUGGAACCGAUUAUGGAACUCUGCUCAGCCAGCAGAUGGGAAUGGUUUUUGCUCUGGAUUAUGACCCCGUGGAAAGCAAGAUAUACUUUUCACAUACAGCCUUGAAAUUGAUAGAGAGAGCUAAUAUGGAUGGUUCCCAGCGGGAAAGGCUUAUCCAGGGUGUAGACAGGCCAGAAGGUCUUGCUGUGGACUGGAUUGGCCGAAGAGUCUACUGGACAAACAGUGGGAAAUCUCUCAUAGAAGGCAGUUAUUUAAGCGGAAAGAACCGUCAAAUAAUCAUCAAGGAGAAUGUCUUUCAGCCACGAGGAAUUGCUGUUCAUCCAAAGGCCAAGAGAUUAUUCUGGACAGAUACAGGGAGAAAUCCUCGAAUUGAAAGCUCUUCCCUUCAAGGCUCUGGUCGGCUGGUGAUAGUAAGCUCUGAUCUGUUGGAGCCUAGUGGAAUCACUAUUGACUACUUAACAGACACUUUGUAUUGGUGUGAUACCAAGCAGUCUGUGAUCGAAAUGGCCGAUCUGGAUGGUUCCAAACGCCGAAGGCUUGCCCAGAAUGAUGUAGGUCAGCCCUUUGCGGUAGCUGUGUUUGAGGAUCACCUGUGGUUCUCAGAUUUGACUAUAUCAUCGGUAAUAAGGGUGAACAAGAGGACUGGCGAGAACAGGGUACGUCUCCGCGGCGGCAUGCUGAAGCCUUCAUCACUGCUUGUGGUCCAUCCACUGGCAAAACCAGGUGCAGAUCCCUGCUUACAUGAGAAUGGAGGCUGCGAACACGUUUGUCAAGGGAGCUUCGGAGCUGCCCAGUGUUCAUGUCAUGAAGGUUUUAUGACAGCUCAGGAUGGGAAAACGUGCCUUUCCCUGGAGGGUCACCAGACACUGGCCGGCAAUAAUACUGAUCUAAGUAAUGUGGUAACACCAUUGGACAACUUAACAAAGGGCGGAGCAUCGGAAGAUGACAACACAGAGUGUCAGCGUGGGCUUGUGUCUGAAAUCAUGGUGUCAGAUCAAGAUGACUGUGCCCCUGGAGGAUGUGGCAGGCAUGCCCAGUGUGUUUCAGAGGGAGAGAAUGCCACCUGUCAGUGUUUGGAAGGAUUUGCUGGGGAUGGAAAACUGUGUUCUGAUAUAGACGAGUGUGCGCUGGGAAACAUGAACUGUCCUGCCGUCUCAUCCCAGUGCAUCAAUACUGAAGGUGGCUAUGUCUGCCGGUGCUCAGACGGCUAUGAAGGAGACGGGAUCCACUGUCUCGAUAUUGACGAGUGCCAGCAAGGGACGCACAUCUGUGGAGAGAAUGCCAACUGCACCAACACGGAGGGAGGCUACAACUGCACCUGUGCUGGCCACCCAUCUGCACCUGGACUGACUUGCCCAGACUCUACCUUACCCUCUCCCCUUGGGGAAGAUGGCCGCCAUCUGGUCAGAAAUAGUUACCCAGGAUGCCCCCCGUCACAUGAUGGGUACUGCCUCCAUGGGGGUGUGUGCAUGUAUGUUGAAGCAUUAGACAGCUACGCAUGCAACUGUGUGGUCGGCUACAUCGGGGAGCGAUGUCAGCACCGAGACUUGCGAUGGUGGGGACUGCGUCACGCGGGCCAGGGUCAGGAGUGCAACGUCACCGUGGUGGCUGUCUGUGUGGUGGUGCUGGCCCUGUUGCUCCUCUUGGGACUGUGGGGGGCUCACUACUGCAGGACUCAGAAACAGCUAUUGAAAAACCCAAAGAAUCCUUAUGAAGAGUCGAGCAGAGACAGAAGUGCUAACAGGCGUGCCGGCACUGGGGCUGCAACGUCUUCUUGUCCCCAACCUUGGUUUGUGGUCCUAGAAGAACACCAAGACCUCAAGAAUGGGAGUCUGCCUAUGGCUGGCAGGAAUGGCCAGGCAGUGGAUGCUGGCCUGCCUUCCUCCCUGGAGCCUGGGCCAGUGCAUCUGACUUCAUGGAGACAGAAGCCCCACAUAUAUGGAACAGGCACAAAACAAGGCUUGAAUCCGCCAUCCAGUGAUAAAAGACCUGGUUUCCAGGUCAGGGAGGGAAACGUCCAUCUACCCCUCUAUAGGGAAUGGCCUUUGGCUGUGGGGGUUGAGAAGCUGCAUCCUCUCCAGUCAGCUGACUAGUCAUGACAACAAAGAGCCUCAGAUCUCCCACACUAAACAGAGCCAAUUCAGUGAAAAGUGGAGUUAGGAAGAAGACGAAGAACAAACCAGGUGGAUGGACUUCUGUCAUUUUCUUUUAAAAAGUGGAGAACUAAAGAUUUGGCGCCUUAGUCUCUCUGACUAAUCACCAUGCAGUGACCUGAAGACAGAUGCGUAGCUGUGAUUUUGCUUCUUCCACUGCAGACUUUCAAAAGAGAAGUGUGGAGAAUUGUCAGAAACCAAAAUUGAGACGUUUAUGCGCUGUAAGCUGUGUCUUCAAAAGAUUAUCUUCCCCUGCUGCCUCAGAAGAAAUGGUUAAAGCAGGCAAUCACAUGGGUUUUGUUGAUUGCAAAGUAAUUUAUUUGAUCUACAUAGAACUUUUAGCUGAAUCUCAUGAAAUGGUUGGAAUCUAACAGUUACUUUUAAGAUGCAUUGUAGGCAUUUAAUUUACCAUUGGUGUGAUCCAUGCUCAUAAUUUUGCAUUCUAAAUUGCAUUCUAAAUUCUAAUUAGUGGAAUAAUUAUAACUUAGAACCUGAUUUCUUCAGAAUCAGUUCACUUAUUUUUAUUAUUUUAAAAUCUAUACAUAAAAAUAUUUGAUUUUAAAAACCUUCCGCAAAGAUUUAAGUGUUUUUAAAUCAUUGUUAUUUUUUCUUUCUGAUAAGUGAACUGACUUCAGAAAAAUAACAGACAUAAUUUCCCCAAAUGUCUAAAUGUGAAUAUUUUUCUCCUUCCAAAGUCAAUUAUUUGAAGCUUGAAUGAGUUGAAUUAUGUUUGCGUUCUGGAGCAUACCUCUUUUAGAAUCUCAGGCUAACCACUGGAAUCUGAGACUAUAGUAACCCGACAUACACCAUUAUUUUUUAAUCAGAAAAUCCCUGCCUCCUUUGGGCUUUGUGGUGAUGCUGAUACCUUAGAAAUUGGGACCAUUGAGAAUAUUUAGUGGGGGCCACUCCAGCAGCUCCUUGUCAAAUUAAAGCAAAAACAUGCUUUGUGUUUAGCCAGUGAGUAACCCUGAGGAGAUGCCUUCUUUUCUCACAGCUUUAUAUCUCUAAAAGAAAUGUCUUUUACUUGAGAAUACACAUUUAAAAAUGGGCAUUUUCAUAUAAAAUAUUUGAUUUUCA